GUGAGAGAAGGAGAGAGAGAGAGCGAGAAAGAGAGAGAGAAAGAUAGAUAGAUAGAUAGAGAACAGGGCGAGAACAGUCUCUUCUGUUUAAUGAUUAAUUUUAGUGACUACAGCUGUAUUUUUUUUUCAUCAAAGGCGUGAAUUACAUGUCAUAUUGUAGAACGAAUAGAUAGAUAGAGAGAGAGAGAGAGAGAGAGAGAGAGAGAGAAGGAAAGAGAGAGAGAUAAAGAGUGAGGGAGAGAGAGAGAGAGAGAAAGAGUGAGGGAGAGAGAGAGAGAGACACAUAGAGAGAGGGAAAGAGAGAAGGAAAGAGAGAUAGAGAAAGUGAGAGUGAGACACAUAGAGGGAGGGGGAGAUAAAGAGAGUGAGUGAGAGAGAGGGAGAAAGAGCGAGAGAGAGUAAAGUUCUUCAGUCCAGUCAUCUUUCUAACACACAUCUUUCAUGGCUUUACUCCAGACAUUUGUGAAGCUACGAGGGUCUGUGAGGUCUGCGUCCCGGGCCUGGGGUCCUGCACCCGUACUGCUGGGAAAGAAAAGAUGGCAGCACACGGCGCCGGAGGAUACGUGUAACUGGCAGCUGCUAGACGACUGCUUCGAGCUUCGUUACGGCGGUCAGGUGAUGCACUUUAACUACGUGUGGCUGAGGGAUCACUGUCGCUCGGCCUCGUGUUACAACUCCAAAACAAACCAGCGCAACCUGGACACCGGCAGCAUCGACCUGAACAUCCGACCCACCAAGACGCGAGUGGACGAGGAGAAUCUCUUCCUCACGUGGCCCGACGGUCACGUUACACGCUACAACCUGGCCUGGCUAGCAAAGAACAGCUACGAGGGCCAGAAAUGGAGCGCUAUGCAACCGCGCAUCCUGUGGAACUCAGAGAUUUACUCCGACGCCAAGGUGACUUCAGCCAACUGGGAAAAGUUUAUGAGCUGUGAUGAAGAGUUGAAAACGUUUCUGAACAACUUCUUACUGUACGGCAUCGCGUUCGUAGAAGACGUCCCGGCUACGAUCGACGCGACCGAAACGGUGACCAAAAGAAUUAGCAUUAUCAGAGAGACGAUGUACGGCCGAAUGUGGAGUUUCACCUCCGAUUUUUCGCGCGGCGACACGGCGUACACGAAGCUGGCUCUGGACCGCCACACCGACACGUCUUACUUCCAAGAGCCUUCUGGGAUUCAGGUGUUCCACUGUCUGAGACACGAGGGAACCGGCGGCAGGACUCUGUUAGUGGACGGCUUCUACUCGGCUAAUAAAGUGCUCGAGCGAUCUCCUGAAAACUUCGAGCUCCUCUCGCGUGUCCCCAUCAAACACGAGUUCAUCGAGAAUCUCGGUAACCAGAGCAACCACAUGAUCGGCAUCGGCCCCGUUCUCGGCGUCUACCCCUGGAACAAGGAAGUCUACAUGAUGAGAUAUAACAACUACGACCGUGCGGUGAUCAACACGGUUCCUCACAACAUGGUCCAGCGUUGGUAUGUGGCACACAGACAACUCACUGACGAGCUCAGGAACCCCGAGAACGAGCUGUGGGUCAAACUUAAACCGGGCAAGGUUCUCUUUAUCGAUAACUGGCGAGUGCUGCACGGUCGAGAAUCCUUCACGGGACUCCGUCAACUCUGCGGCUGCUAUUUGACCAGAGACGACGUGCUCAACACGGCUCGUUCGCUGGGUCUUCAGGCUUGAUCGUCGUCUGACCAGCACUAGAACACCAAGCACCAAAGAACAAGCUUAAUCAGUGUAGACUAGCAAAAAAAAACCCAAAACUGCAGAAUUAAGGAAAUCUUUGAAUGUCAGAAACUCAAGUUAAAUGAUAUGAAGUUCCUCGUCACCGCAAACGAAGAAUCGUUCCUACGGUUCUGUCAGUUUUAUGAAAGAUACGUUAGAAGAUACGGCGCACAGGGAAACGAGGCUCGGUACGUUUUGAAAAUGCUGUCAAAUAUAGGAAUUUACUAUAUGGAGAACUGACAGUGUUGUUAUAAGAUGUUACAGUAAUCAAGCUUCCAGGAAAACAGACAGGAUUUUUUAGUUCAAACUGACAUUUAUACACAUUAAAUCACAGCAAUUAACCUUUCUGUUAUAGUUCAACUAACAUCAUGUGCAAAUUACAGUAUUUAAGACGUUAUGAAAAAAUACUGUUAUUUUCAUUUUAGUAAUCAUUUUAUUAUUAUUAUUAUAAUUAUUAUGUCUGGUUGUUUUGGGAUUUAUAUAAAUCUACAAAAUAAAGACAAAGUAAGUAAACACGGCAA